AUGUCCCCUCAGUCCCUUGCCGGCCCAGCGGCCCCUCCGCCGGCCGAGGACGAUCAACUCGCCAUCAGCUUUUGGAGGAAACGAUACGACAAGAGACCUCUUUCGGCAAAUUCCAUAAUUGCCAACCUUGACAUCGAAUACAACGAACUGGCUCAGACCUGGAAACACUUUCAGGACAACCUCCCGCCCGACGAUCAAAUUAAAUUCGACCAUCGCGCCCAGAAAGCCGAAGAUGUCUUGGCAGUCGUGCAGAGUGUGCAGGAUAUCUGGAUGUCCGGUUCCAAACAACGGUUGUUUACGGCUUCGAUGAAAUACUGCCAGAAAUUUCGCAACUCCCUGGGACUACAUACUGUGCUUUUGAAGGCCCUUCCGAAAAACGAAUUUUAUAUAUCCCUCUUCUAUGGCGUUUUGCAGUCGCUCAUAAAGGCGUCUGCAAAUUACCCGAGAAUCGUGGAGGGUCUCAUGAGGGCCCUUUUCAAGAUGAACAAAUCAAUAAAACCGCUAACGGGAGAGGACCAAGCCGGCCUCUCAAAGGAUUCGAUUCUUUACAUCGCCCGGUUCUAUUCUAUGACAUUCUUCAUGCUGGGGGAGAUUAUGGAUUGGUAUGUGCGGAACUUGAAAUGUCGUCUGUUGACGAGUCUCAACCAUGAUCUGUACUCGAGCCUCGGCGGACUUCUGUCGAGGAUUAAACGCAGAGCGAAGGAUAUCAUGCGUGCCAUCCCUGAUGAAAUGGACCUGGACGAAAAGGAUGGUGACGAGACACGCAAGCCGCCUAUUCAAGAUUUCAAAUUGUGGGAGAACGCGAGAUUUAGCCAAGUUGGCCUGCAGAAGCAGGCCCGUCGAUCUGCUGCACAAAAUGCUAUAACCCGCCAACUAAUCUGGGAGAUACAAAACAAUGCAUGGGAGCGUCUCGGCAUGAUGACCGAGAGAGAAAAGCUCCUGUCGAGCGUGUUGGAGAAGACCAACCAGAGAAUGCGUCCCGUUGACCAGCAGAGUAGUGGUAUUGCCUGCUUGAUCACAACUGCUGCUCAGGAUAUAGGUAUGCAGGACGGUUACCUUGGGAUAGAGCGGCGGUCGGAACUAACAGUACCAUCCUCGCAAGACACUUCCAGGUUCAAAUGGUCCCAAGGGUUCAAACAUAAGUACACCCGGAUUGAACUGCAGAUCGCUUCAAAACACCUUCAGGAUUUCUUCGACUGUGACGAUCAAGUGGCCGAUCUUGAAUCCGAUGUGGAUGUGAUUGCGGAAGACAGUCUAACAGAUUCUUUGCACCAAUGGGCCACUAAUUGCCAUUCCCAGGUUCUCGCCGUUGGGGGCUUUCCGUCCACGGCUUUGGUGAGCCCGGUUGCCCUCAUCUCCGCCUGUAUUGCCAAUUUCGCCCGGCAAGCCAAAUUGCCUGUUAUCUCCCAUUUCUGCUCCCUGCCGACCCAAAUAAGGGACGGAAUGACCCAAUGCGAGCAAGGCCUCAUCGCGUUGGCCUACAGUUUAAUCCGACAACUGAUCGAUUGCCUGCCACCUGUGUUAGAAGGUCAUGCAGCUUGCAACCUGAGCGCGGAGCGAUUCAGUCCCUUGAACGGCACCUUAACCUCUUGGAAAGAGGUGCUCUCGUUGAUCGAUAUCCUCUUGCAUUACGCCCCGCCCCUCGUCGUAUGCGUGGUCGAUGGCCUGGAUAAGAUUCAAGAUGCAUCUACCGAUCAGAACAUUCGGUCCCUGGUCAGGACUCUUCUCACUCACACUCGACAUCAGACCGUUCAGAUGCCUAACGGUACCAAGAGCCAAAGUGUGAUGUUGAAGGUCUUGUUCACCGUGGCGGGACGACCGAGUUCGCUGGUGGAGACCCUGUCUGAGAAUCGACUUAUCCUGAGCGAGUCCAACAAAACAGACGCGGUGGCCGCCGUGGAUCAAGCUCUAAACCCCGACGUGGGGGUUGUUAUGAUGAAUGCAUGA